AUGGAUAAGAGUUGGAUUGAGAUAAGGAAUAGGCUAGACCCUACCUAUAUACAAGGGGUAGAAAAGUUCAUAGAAUUUGCUUAUGAUAAAAAGCAUCCAGAUUCAAAGAUAUAUUGUCCUUGCAAGAAAUGUGUGAACCUUAUAUUUGGGACAAGAAGUGGCGUGAAAGAACAUUUAAUUAUAAAUGGAUUCAAUACAAAGUAUACAAGAUGGACACUUGACGGAGAGUCUUUAGCUUCAUCUAGUAGAAAUGAAUCGGAUGCAAAUCAAAGCUCUUAUUUUCAAGAUGAUAAGAUUGGUAUGGUGCAUGAUGCAUUUGGAGUUCCAAGGCAAGAUGGUGGGAUCAGAGAUAGUGAAGGACUUGAAUGUAUGGGGUUAGGGCCCGAUAAGGAGACUAAGAAAUUUUUUAAGCUGCUUGAAGAUGCACAACAGAAAAGCAUUUCAGUUCGUGAAACCUUACCCAAGUCGUUUGCUGAAGCAAAGAAGUUUAAUGAGGCCUUAGGCUUUAGUUACGAAAAAAUUGAUGCGUGUCCCAAGGAUUAUGAUGGAAUGGCCAAACUAACACAAAUUCCUGCAAAACAAGUAAGACAUUUUCCUUUAAAGCCAGCGCUUCAAAAGCUUUUCAUGUCAAAGGAAACAUCAAAACAUAUGAGAUGGCAUGCAGAGGGACGGACCAAUGAUGGUAAAUGGAGGCACCCUGCUGAUACACCUGCUUGGAAAACAUUCAACGAAAAACACCCUGAAUUUGCGAAAGACAUUCGAAAUGUGAGAUUGGGAUUAACAGCCGAUGGUUUUAACCCGUUUAGAACAAUGAGCAUUAUUCAGCACGUGGCCAGUCGUGUUGAUGCCCCUUUGAUUGAGGAGUUAAAAGAAUUGUGGACUGAAGGUGUGCUUACUUUUGAUGCAUCAACCCAACAAAUGUUUCAUAUGCGAGCGACAAUAUUGAUGGGAACUAUAAAUGAUUUUCCAGCAUUAGCGAUGCUAUCUGGUUGGAGCACAAAAGGAGCACUAGCUUGUCCUUCUUGCAAUGUGGAAACUCAGUCUCUAUGGUUGAAGAACUUUAGGAAGUAUUGCUAUAUGGGCCAUAGACGUUUCUUGGAUCAAGGACAUAACUUUCGGAAAGAUGCCAUAUCUUUUGAUGGAACUAUUGAAACUAGAACAAGGCCACUUCAUUUGUCAGGUGCUGAUAUUUUUAAACAAGUUCAAUUCAUUCAGAAUAAUUUUGGGAAGGGUGAAGAAAGGGGGAGAACUGCACCUAAAAAGAGACGAGUACAUGCUGAUGAUGGAAUAAGUGCCAACACUAUGGAGCAAGGAGUAGAACAUAAUUGGAAAAAGAGAAGUAUAUUUUUUGACUUAGAGUAUUGGGUGGAUAUUUUGAUUCGCCACAAUAUUGACCUGAUGCAUACCGAGAAGAAUGUAUUGGAAAACAUACUUGGGACACUACUCAAUAUUUUGGGGAAAACAAAGGACAAUCUAAAGUGCGCAGUGUUUCCUGAACGAAGUGAUCAGAAGACAAUCUUAGGAAAGCACGUGAGAUCAUCAUGUCUCAAGGUGGUGCCCACUCCUCCCUCUUCCGAAAACAAGAAACCAGCUACUUGCUGCAGCCUUGGGAAUAAGAUCAAGUUGGGGAGGCAGAUUGAGACCGAAGCGGGAAACUGGUUCAUGGAAUUUCUUGAGAAAGCUUUGGAGACGGGUCUGAAGAAAACGAAGGGGAGAGUAGAGGGAGAUGCGCAAAAAGUUCCUCAGUCGCUUAUAUUGAAGGUUAUCAACUGGCCAACUGGGUGGAAGUCGAACAGUGUGAUUCUAGCAAAAGGCCUGUGCAUCCUAGAACGGCGCAGGUGA